GAAGAAGAGAGUUUACGCCAGAACUGCCGAGCUGUCUUCUGUAACAGUACUUAGAAAUGGCGGCGUCCGUGUGCCGAGUCGGGAGCACCGUGGGUCGAACCCUCGUUAAAACCCGCAGUCCCAUCUUGCUGUCUUUGAGGCGUGGACAGGCCUCAGUCAGCUAUGCCCAGAGCCUGCUGGGAGCCCCAGAAACCCGUCUCAGUGCUCUGGAUAAUGGUUUAAGAGUCGCAUCUGAGGAGACUGGACACGCAACCUGCACUGUUGGUCUGUGGAUCAGCGCUGGAAGUCGCUAUGAGAGUGAAAGGAACAAUGGAGCUGGCUUCUUCCUGGAGCACAUGGCUUUUAAGGGAACCAAGAAGCAUCCUCAGACGGCCCUGGAGCAGCAGGUAGAGUCUAUGGGUGCUCACCUGAGCGCUUACACCUCUAGGGAGCACACAGCAUACUACAUGAAGACUCUGGCCAAAGAUCUGCCCAAAGCGGUGGAGUUGCUGUCAGAGGUGGUGCAGAGCUGCUCGUUGAGUGAGGCAGAGAUUGAGCAGCAGAGAGGUGUGGUUCUGCGGGAGCUAGAGGAAGUCGAGGGUAACCUUCAGGAGGUUUGCCUGGACCUGCUUCAUGCCACGGCCUUCCAGGGAACUCCCAUGGGACAAAGUGUGCUGGGACCCUCUAACAACGCUAGAACCCUGACCCGCCAGGACCUCGUUGACUAUGUCAACAGCCACUACAAAGCUCCUCGCAUGGUGCUAGCUGCUGCUGGAGGUGUUAGCCACGAUGAGCUGGUCGGUUUGGCCAAAACUCACUUCAGUGGAGUUUCGUUUGAGUAUGAGGGGGAUGCUGUCCCUGUGCUGUCACCCUGCAGAUUUACAGGCAGUGAGAUCCGUAUGCGUGAUGAUGGUUUGCCUCUGGCACACAUUGCCAUUGCUGUCGAGGGGGCCAGUGCUGCCAGCCCAGACAUCGUGCCACUCAUGGUGGCCAACUCCAUCAUUGGCAGCUUUGACCUCACUUAUGGUGGAGGAAAGCAUCUGAGCAGCCGCCUGGCUCGCUUGGCUGUGGAGGAGAAAUUGUGUCACAGCUUCCAGGCCUUCCACUCGUCCUACAGUGACACUGGCCUGCUGGGUAUUUACUUUGUGGCUGAUAAGCACUACAUUGAAGACAUGAUGCACUGGUCCCAGAAUGCCUGGAUGAACCUGUGUACUACUGUGACGGACAGUGAUGUAGCUAGGGGCAAGGCCGCCCUGAAAGCCAGCCUGGUUGGACAGCUCAAUGGAACAACACCGAUCUGUGAUGACAUUGGUAGACACAUCCUGAACUAUGGGCGCCGUAUUCCUCUGGCAGAGUGGGAUGCCCGCAUAGAUGCUGUGACCCCCAGGAUGGUGCGUGAUGUCUGCUCUAAAUACAUAUAUGACAAGUGUCCUGCUGUGGCAGCUGUUGGCCCCUGCGAGCAGCUACCUGACUACAACAGAAUGCGCAGUGCCAUGUACUGGCUCAGGUUUUAAGAUUAAUAGGUGUGAUGCUCCAAGUGUCUCAAGCUUGCUCCUCAUCCUCCCAACCUCACCCAGCUCUCCCCUGUCAUCACUGCGAGAGUAAAACUCCUGAGGAUCGUCCACAUGGUGUCCGGACAGCACAGACAGCCCACCGUCCUCUCUCCUCUCCACUCCUCCCUCUCUUAUCCUGCCGAGUGAUCACUCCUAGUUAGUUAUGAGGGAGGUUAGCCGGUUGCCUCAGUGUUAUCUUUGAUUUUGAGCGUCAGUUAUCUUCUGACUGUGCUGCACAGGCCCUCAUUACCUGGUACUGACUUGGAGGGGAGAGAGGGCGGACUUGAAUCAUAAAUAAUCACCUACAGGACACAGCACAGUCCUGAAUGCAGAGUUUGGAGCAAGAGCAUAUUUAUAAUUUCUGUAACGUUUGUUUCUGUCCUCUAUUGUACAUAACAGAAGCUCUCAUUCCAAAAAAUAAAAAUACUCCAAAACA